ACGCGCGCCACGUCCGGGCGGCCGCCUCGACUGCUCCAGGGGCCGAAGCGUCCCUUCGGCGCGGCUCGGUCGGGGACCCAGGGGCCUGCGCUGCGCCCGCCUCCCUGGUGGAAGAGCGCCCCUCCCGCACGUGAUCUGAGCCCCGAUUUUUUUUUUUUUUUUUUAAGUUUUAUUUUCCGUUUUCUCCGAGCCGCGUCCUGGGGACGACCCCGUGCAGGGAGCGAUGCUCUGCUCCUGGACGGUGCUCCUGCUUGGGCCGCUGCAGCUCUGCGCGCUCGUGCGCGGCGCCCCGCAGGCUGCGGGCCAGCAGCAGCCCCCGCGCGAACCGCCGGCCGCCCCGGGCGCCUGGCGCCAGAGGAUCCAAUGGGAGAACAACGGGCAGGUGUUCAGCCUGCUGAGCCUGGGCGCCCAGUACCAGCCUCAGCGCCGUCGCGACGCGGGCGCCGCCGCCCCGGGGGCCCAGCGCGCCGCCGGCCCGCAGCAGCGCACGCCGGUGCUGCUGCUGCGAGACAACCGCACGGCCGCCGCCAGCCGCCCCCGGCCCCCCGGCCGCCACUGGUUCCAAGCCGGCUACGCGUCGCCCGGGGCCCGCGACGCCGGCGCCUCGCGCGCUGGCAACCGGACGGCGCAGGGCGAGCCCCCGGCGCUCAGUAACCUGCGGCCGCCCAGCCACGUGGACCGCAUGGUGGGCGACGACCCCUUCAACCCCUACAAGUACUCGGACGACAACCCCUAUUACAACUACUACGACACGUACGAGAGGCCCCGGCCGGGGAGCAGGUACCGGCCCGGCUACGGCACCGGCUACUUCCAGUACGGUCUCCCGGACCUGGUGCCCGACCCCUACUACAUCCAGGCGUCCACGUACGUGCAGAAGAUGUCCAUGUACAACCUGAGAUGCGCCGCCGAGGAGAACUGCCUGGCCAGUUCAGCAUACAGGGCAGAUGUCCGAGACUAUGACCACAGGGUGCUGCUCAGGUUCCCCCAACGAGUGAAAAACCAGGGCACGUCAGAUUUCCUACCAAGCCGACCGAGAUACUCCUGGGAGUGGCACAGCUGUCACCAGCAUUACCACAGCAUGGAUGAGUUCAGCCACUACGACCUGCUGGAUGCCAACACCCAGAGGAGGGUGGCUGAAGGUCACAAAGCCAGCUUCUGUCUGGAGGACACCUCCUGUGACUAUGGCUACCACCGGCGAUUUGCAUGUACUGCCCACACGCAGGGGCUGAGUCCCGGCUGCUACGACACCUACGCUGCAGACAUUGACUGCCAGUGGAUCGACAUCACAGACGUCCAGCCCGGCAACUACAUUCUGAAGGUUAGCGUCAACCCCAGCUACCUGGUGCCUGAGUCGGACUACACCAACAACGUCGUGCGCUGCGACAUUCGCUACACGGGCCAUCACGCGUAUGCCUCGGGCUGCACAAUUUCACCGUACUAGAAAGCCAGCCCCAACUCCCAACGGAUAAAUCAGUGCCUGGUGUUCUGAAGUGGGGAAAACGUAGAUAAGCUUCAGUGGGAUGAUGUAUUUUGAAAAAGGACAGAGAUCAACAAGGGAAUUUUUGUUGGGCCCGCUUGACAACAAAGCACAUAACUGGAUUUUGAACAUUUACAUCAACAUUAUUUGGGAAGCUUCUAAUAUUAUUCACAGUACGUCAUGAAAUAACACAGCGUUUCAAUUCUGUAGUUGCAUACUUGGCUUUCUCAAAGAACCCCACAUUUCUUACGCUUCUUUUGUAAUUAUUAAUAGUCACGGAUGAGCCAAAAUUACUUUGAACUGAAAAAUGUUCUGAAGUGCUGGGACUUCCGCGGAUCAGCCUGUUAACCGGCUGAUGUAUGUCCUAGCCUAGGUUAACUGAGAAAUGAUGCUCCUACCGCAUACGCCGAUGCAUUUGGUGCUGAGGAAGGAACACAUUCCCAUCGGUGUCAAGAAAUGUACUAUAUAGCAGAGAAAUGGCAGUGUAUGUAUUCAGAUAGCUACAGCCCUCUAUCAAAGUUACGUUUACAUUUUAAAAUCCAUAGAUAGUGUAAUUGCUGUCGAGUGCACGACCUCAUCCUGACGUGGAGUGAACCAAGUAACGGGCCGCCCGGCUCCUGUCAGGCGUUAAGUGAUGCUGCCUCCACUCUGUUUUCCCAUGGGCAGAGGUACUUUGGGUGGCGUCCUUACAGUUACCCUCCUGGGGCCGAUGACACACGGAGAGCUGUGUAACUGGGAAGUCAUUGUGAUGACGGAUGUGAUGAAUCGAGAGAUGCUGUGCCUCUCAGCAUAUCAGAGUCUUCACCGAACGAAUCUCCUUGCUCACAGAAAAACCAUGCAGACAAGCCCCCCACACCACAGCUGUCUCUCAAAUACUUAAAAAAUAAUAAUGGAAAACAUCUGGGCAUUUUCAAGGUUUUUUUUUUUUAAUGUUCAGCUUUUAAAAAGAGAACUGCUAAAAAUGAUUAAAUUAUUCAGACUCGAUGACAGUGUGUGUGCUGUGCUCUUAAGACGUCAAACCACGUUGUCCAGCAACCAGUCGCACCCGUUUGUGUGUGUCUGGAAGAUAGUCUGAAUUAACAAAGCACGUGGCAUUACCUACUAGGGAUGAUAAGCGAGGGGGAAGAAUACUUUCUGUAACACCAAGGACUGUGCUGCAUAAGGAGACAGUUGUGAUUUUGUUUUAAACUGUGAAGCCACGAAAGAAUCUGGAGAUUUUUCUCUUUUGCCUAAAUUCAAAAGAUGUGUAAAGAAUUCUAAUCAGACUUUUAAGUGAAUGGUGCUGAAGCAAACGUUUUUCCUACGUUAACAGGUCUUAAAGUCUCAAGGUAUUUCCAGUGCCAGAACAGGGUAGGCAGAAUUCUCAGAGAGACUUGGUAUCCCGUCUUAUUUGUUGCAAGAGUGGUCGAGUCGACACCAGUGAUGAGCAGUGAUGUACCCUCACUGGGUGCAUCCGUGGUGAGAGCAGCCAGAGACGGAGAGUCGUGGGGGCAGUCAGCGGGACACCUGGUCCUCCUGGCCAGGGCACAUGUUUCCAGCAGAGAAUACAGAGGGCUAGUCUCUGAGCUGUGGAAUGGCUUCUUUGAUGUACCUCUUCGGCUUACAUUGCUUCUUAGUUUUAAGAUUGUAGAGUGCUCCUUUCAAAUGAUAAUCUUUUCUAAUAGAGGUAUUUUAUGUUAUUUGCUUUAAAAAAAAAAAAAAGCAACCAAAAACUACUGUCAGUAUUAAUACUGAGCCAGACUGGUGUCUGCAGAUAUCACAUCCAUCUUUUCAUUAAGAUUCUUACCCUGUAUUGAAAUCUAGCCAACAUCAUGGCCUUUGGCUCCAUAGCAGAAGACACAUUUAUCACCAUUCUUUAUACCUCUUAUCUGUCCAUCCAUCAUCAUUUGAGGGUCUAAUAUAUGCCAGACACACACCUGCUAGGCAUUGAGACGUAGAAAAGACAUGCUAACUUCUGUCACUUUUCUUUAAAUGUCAUUAUGAUCCAUAAAAUUCAUAGGAUUUUUACAAAAAGCACAUGUCUUUAACAUUUUAGUUAUUUUUCAUAACCAUUCAUUUAAAAAUAAACAUUAUCAUAUGCA